UACCGAUCAAAAAAUCCAAAAAAAAUGCGGCGCCGAAACCUAAUCGUCACCUCCGACUCCGACGACGACGAUGCGGCCACCCCCGCCUCCGCCUCGGCGUCCGUCUCCGUCGCGAGCGGUAGCGGCGGGGCUGGACGGACCUCGCCGCUAGACCCUAGACCCCUACCCGUACAGCCCCCCUUCCCGUCCUCGCCUCCCCCUUCCCCUCCCAUUGAGAUUUCAGACGAGGAGGAGCUCGAGGAGAUCGAGGACCCCGAUGGGGACUCCCCCUUCGUCGACGCCCCCGAGGACCUCUCCCCGCCGCCUCCCCCGCCUCCGGUGCGGACGCCGACGCCGACGCCGACCACAACCCCAGCCUCCGCUCCCCCGCCAGCGGCCCCUCUUCCGGCCCGAACCCCAACCCCGACCCAUACUCCACCGGUGGCCCCAUCCCCAGCUCCGGCUCCAUUUCCGGCCCGAGCACCGACGCCGUCCCCAAUUCCGCCGUCUGCGAUGAGCGGGCCGCUGCGGCCGGUGGGCGAGUUCCUGAGGGGGCUCGGGCUGCGGCUGCGUCCGGAGUGGCUGGAGUCCUGCGCCGCGGGGGUCCCAGGGUUCUACAGCCUCGGCAGCGUGGAGGCGAAGGCCAGGCGGUGCUUCGAGCAGUUCCUAUUCGCCGACAUGAACGCGUGUGGCGCCGGCGUGCUCCCGGAGGGCGUUGGGAGCAUGCACUGCGCCGUCCUUGAUGGCCCCUUCGUGCUCCAGGUUGAUGAAAUUGCCAACUUGUCAGCUCCUUUAAGGGAAAGAUAUCGCGAUGCACAUGCGGGGCCCAAAAGAUGUUUAAAGUUAUUAAUGACAGAUGGGAUCCAACGCAUAUAUGGAAUGGAAUACAGGCCAAUCAAAGAUCUGGAAGUUCUUGCUCCUGCUGGUUUUAAGAUUGUUAUAAGAAAUGUGCACAUAAGGAGAGGCCUUUUUAUGCUGGUACCGGAGGUUAUUGAGAUACUUGGGGGUGUCGAUGACGAACUGGAAGAAGCACGUAAUAGGCUUGUCGUGGAAGUAAACAAACCACCACGUGGCAAAAGGAAACAAGGUGGAUUACCAUUGUCAUCGAGAGCCACUCUAGCAGCCUGGCCAACUAAUGUCAAUGUUACAAAUGAUGCCGAGCAAGGAACCUCAAUGCCAAGAACAGUGGAUACCCCUCAUCCAACAGGAUCAGGCAAUGCUUCCCAUGCUUCUCAGGCUGGUGGAACUACACGACCUAUGGUGGCCAAUAAUUUUAACCAUCAUGUUGUAGAAAGCACUGCCCAAGGGCAAAGCCGUCAUGUCCAAGAAAUCAGCAUGCAGGGCCAAUCUACUUCUCUUAAUAGGCACAACAAAGAAGCUUCUGCAUCUAUUUCUUAUAGAAAUAAUGCCCAAUACAGCAUUAGUGGAACUACACGAGCUAUGGUAGACGAAUAUGCUGAGCCUUCCUCUGUGGCUAACAAUGUACAUGAACAAAUGCAACGUGUCCAAGAUAUCGCCAUGCAGGACCCUGUUACUGCUUUUACUGGGACCAAAAGGGAGUUUUCUGCGUCUACCCCUUCUGGAUAUGAUUCCCGACUUGGGCCACAUGGUGUUGGAAAUACUGGCAGAAACAGUGUGGAAGCCACACGAUCUUCAGGCGUGGAUGACGGGAUCAAUAACAUUGAACAUCCUAUCAGUCUACGUGGUGAAAAUGAAAAACCUUUUACUUACAUAUUCAACAUGUUAGCUGAUUGGGGUGUUCAACAGGAUACAAUUCCAUAUAUUCAAGUAAAAAUUAAGGGUUUGAUCACUUCGGUCAAACAGUUCCAAUACAAGCAAUGCAUGCGAUAUGAUCUUUAUGUCUACAUAGAUGAUGGAAGUUUUAUUACAGAGGCCUUUGUUGACCGUGAUAUUGUACGGAACAUGAUUGGUCAUUCCACUGAGGAGGUUGCAGCUGCUAUUUCUUCUGGUGGCCCAGCACAAGCAAAUAUAAGAAAAGCUAUGAAAGGAUUUGAGCAUUUUCUGAUGAACUUUGAGGGCAUAAUGCUUAUUGAGUUGAACAGAAACUCUUCUGUUCCUAUUGUACGCGAGAUGAAUAAAGGUUGUUCAAGUUCUGAUGCAUGGCUGCUCCUUCGGAGGGUGAAGACAUUUUCUGGUCAAGGCUACAUGCGAAGUCUGGAUUUUAUGGAUACCACUCCAUGAAUAUAUCGUUCAGCUUCUCUGACACUCUUUGCAGAAGAUAAGAUCAGUCAUACGAUUGUGGCCUUUAUAUGCCAAGCCAGGUGCAUCUGAGACUGAGAGGUCCUUAUGAUGUACUCUUCUCGAGCAGCAGUUGCAGCGGUAUGCAGAGAAGCUGGAGGAUUGAGUAACGGGAUGCAGAGAAGCUGGAAGACAUUUGGACAAACAUGUGGUGGGCAAAAGGGUGGCCAUCGAAAAACGAAAUCGGUAAUCGACGGGUAUGGCACCAAACUUGCCUUUCUCUACAUCAAGAGAUCUCUCUGCUACGAUGGCUAUUUUCCCCUCAGAUGCCAUGCGAAACAUUGUUAAAGACCAAGUGUUUUUAUCAUGUCCUGGUUAGUAGCUACCCUCAACUCUAGCAGUGUCAUGUAUACUCCUUCUGAUGAGGUACUAUAAGUACGGCUGGGUCAGCACUUGGCUUUUCUCUCAAAAAAAGUGAA